AUGGCGGCCAUCUAUGGUACCCUAUUCGGCACAACCACUGUCUUGCUCCUCCUUCUCCUCCUACCAGUAUACGUAGCAGGCUACGUGGUCUACCAACUCCGCUUCCACCCUCUCGCACGAUAUCCAGGUCCUGUACUCGGCAGAGUGACAAAACUCCACGACCUUUACCAUGCGUACAAAGGCGACAAGCACGUCACACUCUACCAGCUCCACCGGAAAUAUGGUACCAUUGUUCGCUUCUCGCCCAAUACCCUCUCGAUCAAUGACUCAGCGGCACUGAAAGCGAUCUACUCCCACGGUGCUAACGUCGAGAAGGGCGAGUUGUACAAGUGCUUCCGUGCUGCCCCCAAUGCCGUCAGUACCCUGUUGGCGACCGAGAAAGACCAGCAUGCUCGCAAGCGGCGUGUGAUGGGCCAAGCAUUCUCGGAUCAGGCGCUGAGAGGGUUGGAGCAGUAUGUGCAAGAACAUGUGCAGAAGCUCGUUGAUAAGGUCGGUGGAACGGUGGCGCAGCCUGUAAAGGAUGGGAAGGGAUGGAGUGGACCGGUGGAUAUGCGGAGUUGGUGUAAUUGGGUGGUGUUUGAUAUCAUGGGCGACCUGGUAUUUGGCAAGUCCUUCGGCACCCUGGGAGAGAAGCCAGAGAACCGCGAGGGCAUCCGUCUCCUGGGCCGAGCAGCGAGGCGUAAUUACACUGUGGCAGCUAUGCCUGAGCUACUCCACUACAAGUUGGAAAGAUGGCUCCCGCCCUUUCGAGGCCUAUAUCAGGAUCGCGCCAAGUACCUGGCCUUUGGCAAGAAGCAGGUCAUGGCGCGGCUCAAGGACCAGGCGGACGGUGUCACGGAGGCAGGGCGAAAGGAUAUCUUCUCUUUCCUUCUUUCCGCGAAGGAUCCUGAGACGGGCGAAGGGUUUCCGAUGCCAGAGAUCAUGAUGGAAGGAAACACGCUCAUCGUAGCUGGCAGUGACACGAGCUCAACUACCCUUGCCGCCACCCUCUACUACCUCACCUCCAACCUCCAAACCCUCCACCGCCUCCAAAAAGAAAUCCGCGACACCUUCUCCAGCCCCGACCACAUCCGCCACGGCCCCCAACUCCAAUCAUGCACCUACCUCCGCGCCUGCAUCGACGAAUCCAUGCGCAUGACCCCUGCCGUGCCUGGCCUCUUACCGCGUGUAGUCCUCCCAGGCGGCCUGCAAAUUCCCGCCCUCGGUCUCGACCUGCCCGCGGGUAUAAACGUCGGAUGCUGUAUCUACGCCCUCCACCACCACGAAGACUACGUCGUGGAUUCCUUCACCUACGACCCUUCCCGCUGGUUAAAGGGCGAGGGACACAAACAGGAUAAAGAAGCUCUCCAAGCGGUUUUCAAUCCUUUCUCGAUUGGGAAUAGGAGUUGUCUGGGCAAGCCGCUGGUGUACAUGGAGCUGGGGGUUGCGAUUGCGAGGUUGGUGUGGGAGUUUGAUUUGAGGUUGGCCGGGGAGCAAUUUGUGGAUGCGGGGAUUAGGAGGGAGGUGGAGGAGGGGAGGAGACGGAGGGAGGAGUAUCAGGUGCAGGAUUGGUUUUUGUCGAAUAAUUUUGGCCCGUGGGUGGAGUUUCGGAAGAGGGAGGGGUUGGUGGAUGUGAGUUGA